AUGGAGAACAACUUUAAUGGGCAGCCCAGUGAAAACUCAACCCACUCUGAGAUCAGGGUCAGCACCAACCCAAAGGAUGGGUCUGAGGCCUGGAAAACCAUCUGGGACUUCAAGGCUGGCUACGUUGCAACCAAGGUGUUUUCAAAGAACACCUGCAUCAUUGCUACAACUAGCAAGAGGUUUUGGCUUGGCAAACCCUUUCCUACACCACCUCCAGGAGACAAGUCUCAGCAGACAAAUGGAAACCAGCAAAUCAUCUUUGGUGGAGACUCCCAAAUCACUAUCACCGGUAUCUCACAAGGUGUGAAGAUCAAUAGUCAAACAAGGGUGGCAAUCAUUGAGCAAAAGAGCCAAAAUUUAUCAUGGAAAACCAUCUGGAACUACAACAGGGGUGUCAUUGCAACCAAAGUCAGGCAGCAGAACACCUGCUACAUUUCCAUCAUGAACAGAACUGAGAUACCCAGUUUUAACAAUCUGGCCCGACUGGCUGCAGAGAGCAGGAACCACAUUGGUCUUGGAAUACCUACCAAGGAGAUCACCUUUGUCACCAAUGGAUUGGUCAACAACCUCAACUCCUACGGAAUAGAAAUCGCGGCUAUGUGCAGCGGACUCACCACCUACAUGGCUUAUGAAGUUGAUAGACUCCAAGUGAAUCUCGGAUCAUGCAUUACCCUCAAUGUCUUGAGAGCUGUGGAUCUGAGGUACUGCAACAACAACGGCAACUGGAAUGGCAAUUGGAAUGGCAUUUGGAAUAUCACUGGCAAUUGGAAUGGCAAUGGACAGUCUCAGCAGAUUCCAGGCAUAAUCUUGAACAACACACAAGGCAGCAUCUUCAACAACACGCAAGUCAUCAUUGGUGGCCAGUCCCAAAUUGUGACCAUCAACAGGCAAUGGCGUGUGGCAAUCAUUGAGAAAAGGAGCUUCAGUGGGUCCUGGAAAACCAUCUGGAACUACAACACGGGUGUCAUUGCAACCAAAGUCUCACAACAAAACACCUGCUACAUUUCCAUCAUGAACAGAAGCGAGAUGCCCCGCUUUGAUAACCUGGCCCGCCUGGCACAAGAGAGCAGGAACCUGAUAGGUCUUGGAAGACAUACCAAGAAGAUCACCUUUGUCACCAAUGGAUUGGUCAACAACCUCAACUCCUAUGGAGCAGACAUCAGGGCUAUGUGCAGUGGAGUCACCACCUACCUGGCUUCUGAAGUUCACACUUUCCAAGGACCCCAGGGGAAUCUGGGAUCCUGCAUUACCCUCGAUGUCCUGAGAGUUGUAGAGCUGCAGUACUGCAAUAGCAAUGGCAAUUCUCAGCAGAUUCCCAGCGGCAUCUUCAACAACACGCAAGUCAUCAUUGGGGGCCAAUCCCAAGUUGUGACCAUCAACAGGCAAUGGCGUGUGGCAGUCAUUGAGCAAAGGAGCUACAGCGGGUCCUGGAAAACCGUCUGGAACUACAACACGGGUGUCAUUGCAACCAAAGUCAGGCAACAGAACACCUGCUACAUUUCCAUCAUGAACAGAAGCGAGAUGCCCCGCUUUGAUGACCUGGCCCGCCUGGCACAAGAGAGCAGGAACCUGACUGGCGUUUUUGGAAGACCUACCAAGAAGAUCACCUUUGUCACCAAUGGAUUGGUCAACAACCUCAACUCCUAUGGAAUAGAAAUCGCGGCUAUGUGCAGCGGACUCACCACCUACAUGGCUUACGAAGUUCACACUUUCCAAGGACCCCAGGUGAAUCUGGAAUCAUGCAUUACCCUCGAUGUCCUGAGAGUUGUGGACCUGAAGUACUGCAUUGGCAAUGGCAGUGUCAAUUUCCCGACUCAGCAGAUUCCCAGCGGCAUCUUCAACAACACGCAAGUCAUCAUUGGGGGCCAGUCCCAAAUUGUGACCAUCAACAGGCAAUGGCGUGUGGCAAUCAUUGAGAGAAGGAACGUCACCGGGUCCUGGAAAACCAUCUGGAACUACAACACGGGUGUCAUUGCAACCAAAGUCACGCAACAAAACACCUGCUACAUUUCCAUCAUGAACAGAAGCGAGAUGCCCCGCUUUGAUAACCUGGCCCACCUGGCACAAGAGAGCAGGAACCUGAUUGGCGUUUUUGGAAGACCUACCAAGAAGAUCACCUUUGUCACCAAUGGACUGGUCAACAACCUCUACUCCUACGGAAUAAACAUCGCGGCUAUGUGCAGUGGACUCACCACCUACCUGGCUUCCGAAAUUCACACUUUCCAAGGACCCCAGGGGAAUCUGGGAUCCUGCAUUACCCUCGAUGUCCUGAGAGUUGUAGAGCUGCAGUACUGCAAUAGCAAUGGCAAUUGGAAUGGCAAUUGGAAUGGCAAUUGGAAUGGCAACGGCAAUGGCAACUGGAAUGGCCAAUGGAAUGGCAAUUGGAAUGGCAAUGGCAAUGGCAACUGGAAUGGCCAAUGGAAUGGCAUUGGCAAUGGCAACUGGAACAACAAUUGGAAUGGCAUCGGCAAUGGCAACUGGAACAACAACUGGAAUGGCAAUGGCAAUGACAACUGGAACAACAAUUGGAAUGACAUCGGCAAUGACAACUGGAACAACAACUGGAAUGGGAAAGGCAACUGGAACAACAAUUGGAAUGGCAAUUGGAACGGCAAUGGCAAUUGGAAUGGAAAUUGGAAUGGCAAUUGGAACGGCAAUGGCAAUUGGAACGGCAAUUGGAAUGGCAAUUUCCCGACUCAGCAGAUUCCCAGCGGCAUCUUCAACAACACGCAAGUCAUCAUUGGGGGCCAGUCCCAAGUUGUGACCAUCAACAGGCAAUGGCGUGUGGCAGUCAUUGAGCAAAGGAGCUACAGCGGGUCCUGGAAAACCGUCUGGAACUACAACACGGGUGUCAUUGCAACCAAAGUCAGGCAACAGAACACCUGCUACAUUUCCAUCAUGAACAGAAGCGAGAUGCCCCGCUUUGAUGACCUGGCCCGCCUGGCACAAGAGAGCAGGGUAAGGUUCCAAAGCAGUGGCAGGUUCCUGGCCAUAGACAUCACUGGGCCAUUUCUUCAUGUGCUUUUUCUUUCUGGACACCAUCAGGUUGUGUCUUGUGGCAGAGUUUCCUGUCUCUCAACAGUAAUGCAGAUUAGGAAUUUGUUGUAGGAAUGCUUUCCCAAAAGAAAGGGGCUGCAUUAUUCCCACCCCCACUUGCCUGGAGGAUGUUGAGCUCUGCAGCUCGCUGGGCAAAUCCGUUCUUUGUGGAGCUCUUCAGUGCUUUCUUUGCGCUGCCAUCUCACCUCAAGUUCCGUGCAUCUUGACUCCUUUAGAAUGAGCUCUGCCU